AUGUUAGCCAAUCUAUACGUUUGCAUUCUGAUUUUUCUCUCUUUCUUUCUCUUUUUAUUUCUUACUUUCUCGUUUUCUUUCUUUUUCCUUCUUUCUUUCUUGGGAUUACAUGUAUCCGCGAAUUCUAAUAAUAAUUAUUAUUAUUUUUACGUUUUUCCCUUUCUUCUUUUUUUCUUUCUUUUACUCGUCUUAUGUCUCAUUCUCUCCUAUCUUUUCUCUUUAUUUUUACGUUUUCCCUUUCUUUCUUUCUUUCUUUUUAUGCUCGUCUUAUAUCUCACUCUUUUCUUCCUUUUCUCUUUAUUUUUACGUUUUUCCAUUUCUUUCUUUUGGUCGUCUUAUAUCUCACCUUCUUCUUCCUAUUCUCUUUAUUUUUACGUUUUUGCCUUUCUUUCUUUCUUUUGCUCGUCUUAUGUCUCACUCUCUCCUUCCUUUUCUCUUUAUUUUUACGCUUUUCCCUUUCUUUCUUUUCUUCUUUCUUUUAAUCGUCUUAUAUCUCACCCUCUUCUUCUUUUCCCUUUAUUUUUACGUUUUUGCCUUUUUUCUUUCUUUCUUUCUUUCUUUCUUUCAUUUGCUCGUCUUAUAUCACAUUCUCUCCUACCUUUUCUCUUUAUUUUUACGUUUUUGCCUUUUUUCUUUCUUUCAUUCUUUCUUUUCUUUCUUUCUUUUGUUCGUCUUAUAUCUCACUCUCUUCUUCCUUUUCUCUUUAUUUUUACGUUUUUCCCUUUCUUUCUCUCUUUCUUUCUUUCUCUCUUUCUUUCUUUCUCUCUUUCUUUUGCUCGUCUUAUAUCUCACUCUCUUCUUCCUUUUCUCUUUAUUUUUACGUUUUUGCCUUUUUUUCUUUCUUUUUUCUUCCUUUCUUUCUUUCGUUUGCUCAUCUUAUAUCUCACCCUCUUCUUCCUUCUACUGAUCUUUCUCCCCACCCCCGCUUCUUGA